GCGGGUGUGGGUGGGAGCGCCUGGGCCGCGGGGGACCCCUCUGCCUCCUGUCCCUGCGCUUUCGUCCGGCCUCCCGGAAAGGGCAGAAACUCCCCCGGGGACCGCCUGCUCGUCCCCCGGCCUUAGGUUCCCCCCAGCCGGCCCCCGGAGCAGCGAUUCGCCCGCCGCCCGGCUUUGGAAGCGCUUGGCACGGGGAGAGCAGCGGACCCAGCGCGCUGCGGGUGGCUCCGCCGCAGCUGGUCGGUGGCUGACUUCAGCUGGUGAUUCAAAAACCCAACAGUUCUUGUCAACGUCGGGGCGGGAGGUUGGUUCAAAUCAAACCUCCCUCUGCCCACAGAGGAGAAACUUCCUGGACAAACUCCGCUGGGUCCGCAGUGAAACCCCUAGAAGUGCGUCGUGGGGCGGGGGGAGGGAACAUCCACGCACCCACCCACCCAGCCUUGUUGUCACAGACUACGUGCAAACUGCAGCGGGAAGGCAAGUUGCUUCUCUCGGCUCCCCAGGGCCAGUCCCGGAGUGUUUACGCGCAGAUUGAUCCCGGAGGCAGAACUGGGCUUGGAAGAGAGACCGACGAUCUAGGGAGGCUGAUCUAGUGCCUGGCUCGGAGGCUGUUGGAGAUUUCGCAUCUGAAAACUGCAGUAGAAAGAAACUCUGACUCCCUCCCGCCCUUUGCACAGAAACCACAGGAUCAAUCUUCAUGCAACUUCCCCCUGUGUUAAGAGGUCCAGGAAGGGACAGAGGGAACCGGGCUGCUGAGGCGAAAAUCCCAAUCUCAUGCAUUGACCUAAAGAGAAACCUGACAAGGAGGACGCCAUGACAGCCGGCAGCGCUGAAGCCAGCAGAGCCAUGAGAAAUCAGGAUCCUCUGGAGAAGAAGCCCCUGGGACCUGCCCCUCCUCCUCGGAGGCACAGACGCAGGUUGAGGCGCAAGCUGCCGACCGAGGGGGCCGUGAAGGGACAGCUCCGGAUGCGCUCGCCUUCCGGGGCCUUUGUGAUGGUGGGUGUCUCUGUCGUCUUGGUCGGCAUGACGAUUGCCGUGGUGGGCUACUGGCCUCACCGGGGCCCACACGCAGCCGGGCCUGGCGCCAGGCCAAGUAACUCCAGCAGCAUGGGGGACAUGAAGAAGGAAGUGAAGGGCUCUGCCCGGGGCCGCUACUUCCCUCACAGUGAGAAGCUGAAGCUGAUUGGCCCCGUCAUCAUGGGCUUUGGCCUCUUCAUUGUCAUCUGCGCCAACACCAUGCUGUACGAGAACAGGGACAUGGAGACCCGCCUGUUGAUGCAGAAAGGCCUCUACUCCAUGACCCCGGGCCUCCCCCAGGACUUCAGCCAGGAGGACAAGUACUGCCAGAGGAGGACUAGCUUGUCCCUCCUCAAGGCCAAUGCCGACUGUGUCGAGGGCUGUUACGAGGUGGAUCUCUCCUCCAGCGGCUUCCAAUCCUGUUCCAGUCCCAGGAACAAAUGGGCCGACUGCUGCGGGCACAACAGGCUCCAGACGACGGCCCAGCUGCUCCAUCACAAGGGGGUUUCCCCCUCCAUGUCCCUCCUCAGUGUCCACUCAGACUCCGGCAACUCCAUGGAGGGGAACCUCAAUCUGUCCUUCACCCGCGGGGCAGAGUCGGUAAUUUCCUUGGCUGCCACUGCCCGGUCACUUCCCAUCAUCAAGGUGAACAACUGCCUCAUUGAGAAGCCAUCUGCAUCUCCGGGGGCGGGUGACGACCGGGAAAUCAGCCUGGCCGGGGCUCCGGAUGAGGCACCACGGCUCUCAUGGACUCUCCCACCCAGCGGCGGCAGCAUCUUCCCCAGAGGAGAUGACCUCCAGCGUGGCCAUGUCGUUAUUAGCAUAGACAAUGGGCCUCCGUGCAUCGCUGCGGCGAGCAAGACGUACCAGGACCCAGAAGGCACCGAGAACGAAUUCACCUCAGAUGUGCAGCUCCACAAUCCGGGUCACUCCAAGUCACUGGACCUGGGCAGGCCGGGCGUGCGGCUGGUGGCGCCCAUCAAAGACCGGAAGAACAGGAGCUGGCCUAGACUUGACCACAUCAGCUUGGUGGGCUAUGCCAAACUGGAAAGCACGGGCGAGUCCUCUGACAGGCUAUUGGAGCAGACAGAUCAGCAGGGCAGGGACGAGCCCAGCCCCAGCGCCCAGGCGGUGGGAACAGAGAUGGGUUCAAGGGUCUGACUUGGCAGGGGAUGGGUGACACGGCCAGGACACCCUCCGAUCUUUUCAUUGCCUUGCCUGGGGGGCUCCUGAGUGUGCUCUUCUUUUAAGCAGAUGUUCCAGUGUUGGGGAGAGGUCAGUGCUGCUGACUGAGCCCAGAACAGGCCUGCUGCUUCUUAGGGGAGACUCUUCAAGGGAUAGUCAUCUCCUCCCCAGAGGCACCUGGUGCUGAGGUGUCACUCAAUUUCUCAGUGGGUGGCCUCAGCCUUACCUUACGACUCCCUGUCCCCAAGCCAUGUGUGAAAUCUGGGCUUAGACAAGUACCCCUGAAAGGGGAGGCAGGGUGGGGAUCCCUGCUACUAAGCCGCAGAGGCCCCUUUCGUCAUCGUUAGCCGGGGGCCCCC